AGUUCAGUAACAGAAAUAUUGUUUACUUGUUAGUUCAUUUAUUUAUUUGAGUUAUAAAAUGUACUUCACAUUUUUAGUAUUUUAAUCCUCAGGAUUUAUUUUACUUGCAGUUGAAUCAUGAAAUUAUUCUAUUUUUUAACGAGAAUAUAACCUUAUUAACCGAAAAUUAGUAUUAUGAAGUAAAUUCCAAAUUUAAGUUAUUAUUUUUUUUUAGGAUAUAGUAUAAGAAAUGGCAUUUCUUUCUUGUAUCAAAUUAUGGUAUGUACACAAUAAAAAUUAGUCUUAUUAAUAAUUUGUUUUCAUUUUAUUUAUUUUAAAAUAAUUUACAAUCUUUACAGUUUUGUAUAAUAAGUAAGUUUUAUAUAAGGCAAAACCUAUUUGAGAGUAUCUGUGAAAUAAUGGAACCUUAGUAAUAAUUAAUAUUGUAGAUUAUUAAAAUAUUUAUUUCUAAAUUCAGUAUUAUGUGAUUGAUAAUAACAAUGUAUUAUUUUAUGAUAAUAUUUUGAAAUUUAUGAAUAUAAUUAAAUAAUUUAUUCAUAGUAUUUCGUUUAUUGUUGCCACCAAAAUUGUUACGGAUCCUUUCUUUAGGGAAAGACAAUGUAUAAAAAAAUAUAACGAGUAUGAAAUACGUAGUCACGAAGUAGUACUUUAUAAAGAAAAACACUCAAUUACACUACAAAUUAAUAAAAUAUUAUAUUUGGUAAAUAGUAAUACAGAAGUUAAUAUUCUGUAUGUGUCGGAUUCAGGACUAUCGUACGUCGUCUUUAUCGACGGCGUACGAACCACCCGACAGUAUAAUAUCAUGGUAUGUAUAAUAUAAUACAAUACAUUCGUUUAUACUAAGUUCUUAAUGCUAAACCAAUGGUUCUUAAAUACUCGAAUACUAGGGAUUCUUAACAAAACUAAUUUUCUAAUAUUUAUUUUUAGGUUUUCCAUUUUAGUAUCUAUUAUUGCAAUAAUUCUUUUGCAAAAUACAUUACCAAAGUUAUCAAAUCUUGAUCAAAAUAAAUCUUCGUUAAACACUUUUGUUAACAAUAGUCUUGGAUAUUGUUUAAUAUUAAUUCCAGGAUAUUGGCUUUACAAAUUUGCCAAACAUCAAGAUUUAGGAGGUAAAGUAAUUUGUUCUAAACUAAUUUUAAAUCAAUAUUGCGUAUAAUUAACAAUUAUUAUUAAACACUAACAGAUAAUCAUUUAACAAGUAAACUGUUAAAAAUAUUAUUUGGAGAUAAACACGAUUCAGAGCCAUUAUCACCUAGUGCCAAUGGACCAGUAAACUUUAAAAAAGAUUUAUUUACAUUUUUAUAUUGUUUUGGAGGUUUACAAGUGUCUUAUUUGAUUUGGGGUGUAAUUCAAGAAAAAAUGAUAUCACAGGUAUUUGAAAGUAUCCAUGAAUGUUAAUAAUUGAUUAUUAAUCAUGCCAACUGUUCAGUUCACACAAAAUCAAUUAUAUGCUUUUGUAAUAUUAAUUAUAUAUACUUUUUAUAGUCUUAUGGUACAAGUGAAUCAUCAAAAUUUCACGACUCACAAAUGUUAGUAUUUUUGAAUAGAGGUUUAUCUACAAUUUUGUCAGCUAUAUUCUUAUUUUUAAAUGAAGGUAUACAAUCAAAAAAAUCACCACCUUUAUAUAAAUAUAGCUAUUGUACUGUGUCUAACAUUAUAAGUUCCUGGUGUCAAUAUGAGGCACUCAAGUAUGUCAGUUUUCCUACACAGGUAUGCAUUUAUUUAAGAAUAUUUAUCUGGUACAUCAUUCUAUUUUUGUAACUCAUUCAGGUAUUGGCAAAAUGUUGUAAAAUCAUCCCGGUCAUGUUAAUGGGAAAACUAAUAUCUGGUAAAAAGUAUGAUUACUAUGAAUAUGUUUCUGCAAUUGGAAUUUGGAUUGGUAUGGCUAUGUUUCAAUUUUUCACAGAAAACAAACAUUCUGGUAAAUAAUGUACUAAUUUUAUAUUAAGUUUUAAAAUAAUUACUUACAAUCAUACAAAUUUCAAUAUUAUAUUAUUCUUUUUGUUUAUUUGUUAUUUUUCUCUAGAUAUUACGACUUGUACAACAGGAGUUAUCUUGCUUAUAGGGUACUUAGCAUCAGAUGGCUUCACAUCACCAUGGCAAAAAAAAAUCUUUACUGAAUACCAAGUAACCAAUAUGCAAAUGGUUUUUGCCCAGUCAUUAUUAUCAUCAAUUUUUACGACUGUACCAUUAUAUCAAGUUGGUUCAUUCAAAAAAACAUAUGCAUUUAUAAAUGAGGUAUUUUAUUAUUAAUGAUUUAAGUACAAGUAUGAACAUGUUAUAAUAAAUCUGUUCAUUUUUAGUAUCCAGAAUUUUUAAUAGAUUGUUUAGUUUUAUCUGUGAGUUCCACAUGUGGACAACUAUUCAUUUCCAAAACUAUUUCCAAGUUUGGCCCAGAUAUUUUCGCUAUAAUAAUGACUAUACGACAAGUAAAAUAUAAAAAAAACAAUCAUUAAGUUACAUUCAAAUAUAUUUUAUCAAAACGAAUUAUAUAAAAUAUUAUUCAAGUUUUUCAUUUUAUUUUAACAAUUAUUAAUUAAAAAUACUUUUGAAAUGUAGGUAUUCAUUAUUUUCUUAGAUUUUAAUGUAAACAUAAGCAACUGCAUUUUUUACCAUGUUUUAUAUUUUGGUUUUGAUAAUUUUGUUUGUAUGCCUAUGUAUAACUAUAAUCAUAUUAAUGUAUAUUUUGUUGUAUUUGUAUUUUAUUUUUAAGGCUUUAUCAAUAAUAAUUUCCUGCAUACGAUAUCAUCAUCCUGUUGGUAUUAUGGCCGCAUUUGGAAUUGUUUUUGUUUUCAUUUCAUUAUUUAUACGUUUCUAUUGUAGUUUUCGUAUAAAAACAAAAAAAGCUCCAAAUCAUACAACGUUCAAAGUAUGAGUAAAGACAGGUAAUUGCUUAGCUGAUGAUUAUUAAAAAUAUAUCUCCUGUAUAUAUAUGUACAAAAUAUAAAAUAACAAAUAACUGUUUUUGAAUUGUAAUUUUAAGUCGUUGAAUCACUGCUAUUAAAAGUCAGUAAUGAAACCAUACUGAAGAACAUUUAAGUUGCUUGAAAUACAAGUUGUAUGCAUCUUAGAAUGUUUUCUAGCCAGAAUGUUCUUUUUUGCCUCAAUACAACACUCAUAUUGCUGACAGCACAGUGAUAAUAAAUGACAUUACAACACAUACUGCCUUGUCAUCUACGUUAUAUUGGCAUGAUAAAAUGUUUAUAACACUUCAAUGAGACAGACACUGUCGCACUAGUUACAAAUUUGUCUAGUGAUGAUAUUUUUUUUUGAGUAUCAUUAUUGAUUUGGGAUAUGUAAGAGAAAAUUCAAACAUAAAAAAUAUACCAAGUUAUAGAAAUUAAGAUUGCACUUCAAAUAUCAGUGGUGCUUCCAUUUUACAUUACAACAUAUAAUUUUUUUAAUUUUGUGAACAAAGAUGGAACUUUGAAUCGACAUUGAACAAUUAAUUAAUAUUAGUUUUUAAAAUGUACAAUGUACAUAAUAUUAUUAAAAUCUGUUUCAAUAGUAAAGUUCAGCAUUUGGUUAGUUUAUUCUUGAGACAAAUGUUUAAAUACUGAUUUAAAUAAUAACAAAUUGAUGCUGCUGCGUUGUCCCUUAAACCAUUCACACAGUUACUCCACCAACCACCAAAACUCAGAAUUUUUUUACCAUUAAAUUUCAGCGAAAAUAGUGUUAGAAGUCAGAUAACGAGUAGUUCAGUGGUAGAGUAAUCACUCAGCAAGUGAGAGCUCUGGUUCAAUUCGCUGUUCAGCUGCUUUAUUUUUAGUACUAUUUUUCCGGACAAGAACGGCUACAUUAAAUGUAACAUUAAUGUGUAUUUUGUAACUAAAAUCAUAUAA